UAAACUAAUUAAUCAAAAAACAUAUACAAAAUAAUAAUAUCAAUUAUGUUUAAAGAAAAUAAUUUUAAAAUACAAAUAAAUUAUGAGAAAAAAAGAAAUUAUUAUAUGCAAAAAACUGUAGAAAUGGAAGUCAUAAAAGCAUUACAAAAAGAAGAAUAUACGCUAAAUACGGUAAAUAGUUAUGGAGAGAAUUUAUUACAUAUUAGUGCAGCAAAUGAUUGUCUUGAUAUUAUAAAAGAAAUUUUUCGAAAAUACGAAUGUCAUCAAAUUAUUAAUAGAAAAAAUAAAUUUGGUUGGACACCAUUAAUGUUAGCAAUUCGUAAUAGAAAUAUUAAAACUGUAAAAUAUCUUUUACAGCAAAAUGCUAAUAUAAAUGAAUCAACUUAUUUAGGUAUGUCUAUAUUUGGAUUAGCAGCUGCAAUAAAUAAAGAUAUGUUUGAUAUUGUAUAUGAAGCAUGUCCAUCAGCAUUAUUAAAUACUCUAAAUGAUGAUAUAACACCCCUUUGUAUUGCAGCUAUGAAAAAUGAUAAAAAUUUAUUUUUUAAGUUAAUAGAGUUAGGAUUUGAUGUUUCCAAAAGUAAUGAAUAUACUUAUAUUAUGAUGAAACAGUCAAUAAUACCUGAAAUAAAAAAUUUUGCAAAAAAUCUUGAUAUAGAAGAAUAUUGGAAUAAUAAUUCAGAUAAUAUUUUUAUAGAAGAUGAAACAGAUAUUCCAGUAUCUAACACUGAUUAUAAUAUUGGCAAAAAUUUACAAAAUCUUUUAAAACUUCCUCCAUUAAAUUUAACAAAUCACUUAGAAACUGACCAAUGUGCUUUAAUUUCACCAACUUUGACUUGUACUUUCAAUAAAAUAUUACCUACUUCUCCAAACAUAUAUUUUACACAAAAUAAAUACAAAAUUGAUGAAAGCAAUGUUAAUACAAUGCAUAAUACAGUAGAUAAUCAAAUAAUUUCAAACAAAAAUGAAAUAGUAUCAAUUCAUUUAAAAAACAAAACUAUAAACGAACUAUCUUUGCAAAGAUUACAGUCUAUUCGGCCACCAGAUUUAGAUAUUCAAAAUGAAGAAGAAGAUCUUAAUACCACUCUUGGAUAUAUACCUGAAUUUAGCCCAUUACGUUCACCAAAUGUACCUUCAAGUAUAAAUGAUGAAAAUGUAUUUGGAGAAGAUACACCAACGCCACCACGUUACAAAACACCUCCAAGAGGAAUGAUUUUAAAUUCAGAAGAAGCAAAAAUGUUUGCUUUAUUGAAACAUUAUGGAUUAAAUCAACAUGUGUCUAUAUUUCUUCAGCAAGAAAUUGAUGUUGAUUUGUUUAUGACUUUAACUAAUGAAGAUUUAAUUGAGAUUGGUAUAGAAAAUGAAGCUGAUAGAAAAAUUAUAUUAAAUGUUAUAGCAGACUAUAAAAAAUCAAUGGUAUAAAAAAAUAUUUAUUGUUAUUAAUUCUUUUUAAUUUUAUCUUGUUAUUUAUUAUGUACUUUUUUUAAUAUGUAACAUCUAAAAAAAUAUUAAAUAUUAUAAUUAUUAUUAUUUUUAAUAUUCAAUAUAAUACAUAAAUUAUAUAAUAUUAUUAUUUUUUUUAACAAUAUAACGUAAAAAAAAUAUUUUUUAUAUAUUUAUAAUUUUUACUUAUAAAAAUAUUAUUAUAUUUAAAUACGAUAUUGUUGCAAUAUUUGUGUGUUUUUUAUAUGAGAUAAUAUUUUAUUAAUAAGUUCAGUUUUUUUUCCAUGAGUAUUAUGUGAAAUUGAAUGUUUUUUUAACCAGUCACUUAAAUCACUAUUCUUCAUCUGAUCUAAUUGAUUUCUUUUUGCCAUUUCUUCUACUGUAAUAUCUUGAUCCUAUAUAAUAAAUUAUGAAAUAAUUAUAUAUAUGUAAUUUUUAAUUUUAUUAAUUUUUUAUUAAUAAUAUAUAAUUUAAAAUAUAAUUAUACCUACUGUUUUUAAUAAAAAUAUAAUAUUUUCUUUAUUAGAUUUAGGUUUUGAUAGUUUUUCUUUUAAUGUUAAAUGUUUUUGUUUUUCUUCUUGUAUUAACUAAAUAUUUAAAUAAAUAAGGUUAUAAAUAAAAAAAUAAAUAAUAAAAUAUAAUAAUAAUUUGUAAAGAAAAUAAAAGAAAAUACUUUUUCCAUAUCAUUACAAGAGUUUGUCUUUUGAAUUUUAAAAUAUCUUGAAAUUGUAUUCUCCUUUGAUAGAAUGAAAUAAUCAUUUGAAUUUCUUAAAAUAUUAUUCUUAAUAUAAUUAUCUUUUACAUUUUGUGUUCUGUUUAAACAUUGGCUUUCUGAAGUUUAAAAAUUAUUUUAUAAUUACUAUACAAAUUUUAAAAUAUUUAUAAAAAUAUUUCUAUUAUUUUAGUAUAUACCAUUUUGAUUUUCUUUUGCAUUUUUGUUAAUUAAAUCAAUUUUUAUAUUUUCAUGAAAUUGUAUAUUAUUAAGUUGAUGGAUUUUAGUUAAUUGUGUAGUUAAAGAUGUUUCAACAUUUGUAUUUUUUGUUAAUCUAUCUGCAUAUUUAUUAGAAAAUUCAAAUUGUGAGGUAAUGUUUUCCUUUUCUUUAAGAUAUGUAUCCAAUUUUUUGUCUUUUAAUAAUACAUUAGAUGAUAAAUUUAUAUUUAAAGAUUUCUAUAUAAAAUAAAAUAUAAUAAUAAUAUAAUAAAUAUAUUUUUUAUUGUUUAUAUUAUUUAAAAUACAUAGUUUAUAACUUACUGGAAUAAAUGGAGUAUAUUCCGAUAUUUGUAAUUGUUUACCACAAACUGUAGGUAAUUUCAUAAGCAUAUCAGCUAAAAAAUAUGUAAUUGUAGAUUUUUUAUCUUUAUUUGGAAUAAUUUCUAAUGGUCCACUUGCUAUACAUAUAUUAGGAUAUAUGAAAAUAUUAGAUUUAGGAAUCAAAAAUUUAAUUUCAUAAAAUAAAAUUUCAUUUUUAUUUUUAGAUAAAGAAUAUCCAUACUGAAAUAUUAUACAUAUAUAUAAUACAUAUAAUACAUAUAAAUAUAUUGAUGAUAAAAAUAAUUUUGAUUCUAAACAAUAUAUAUUUAUUAUUUAUACCAUAUUUUUCCAAUGUCUACGUAAUUGAUCAUAAUCUUUAAAAACACAUCUUGCUGGAAGUUCUUUAGAUACAGAUAAUAAUUUUCCUUUUUUUGUGCUAUAAAAAAUAUUAUAAUUUUAUUAAUUAUUAUUAAUUGAUAUUUAUAUAAAAAUAAAUCGAAAAAAAUAACAUUUAAGACGUAUUUUCGAAAAAAUUGAAUUUGUUAAAUUAUUAAAAAAAGAAUUUGAUUAUUUUCAAUAUAAAUAAUUUAAUAAGACGUUAUAUAAAAUAAGUAAAUAAUAAAAUAAUUAAGUAAUUAUUUUCAAUAUAAAUAAUUUAAUAUGAUGUCAUUUUAAAUAUUUACGAAAAUAAUUAAAUAAUUAAAUAAACAGUAGAAAAAUAUUUUUUAUUCAUAUUCAUAUUUUUAUUUUUAAGAUAAUCAAAAUUGAAUAAAAACAAUUAAAUACUCGUAUAUACAUUCAAUAAAUUUUUUAAUUUUUUAUUUUUUUGAGAACGAAAUCUCAAACAAGAAAAAAUAUUAUUCUUUUAAAUUAUUGUAAAAUUAUUUUUACAUAUAUUUCUACAUAUAUUUUCUAUUAUUCUAUAUUCUUUCUACCAUAUUUUGUAUAAAUAACUGUAAGUACAUGUAAAUGAAGACAAUAAUUAUUACCUUGGUAAUACAUAUACAAAUGGAGGAUUAUAAUGAGAUAAAUCAAUAUAUCCUUUAGGAUCUGCUAAAAAUUGAGAUAUAACAGAUGACGGAAAAUAAUCUUCAAGUUUUAAAUAUGGAAUUUUAAUUAUUUCUGUAUGAAGUUUUAUAGAUAUAUUCUUUUCUAAAAAUUUGUUUAAUAUUUAUAUAUAAGAAUUAUUAUAUAAAUAAAAAUAUUAUAUAAAUAAAAAAUAAAUUUGGCAGACCUUCAAUAA